AUGGCAAUGCCGGCCGCCAGUAGAGGCUCGGGAACGGGCAGCGGCAAGUCGGCAAUGUGGGUGACCCAGCCGAACGCGCCGGUGGACGUACACGUUCGCAUCGGCGAUGCCACUCCCGUGACCGUGAUGGAGGCCCUGGAACGCGCGGCACGAGAGUACUCAAACCACACUGCACUGCACGCCAAGCGCAUGGGCCAGUGGCAGUCCUGGACGUGGCGCGAGUACUACGACCAGGCGCAGGUUGUCGCCAAGGGCGUCAUUGGCUGCGGAUUGGAGCCCUUUCGCACCGUUGCCAUCUACGGCGCCAACAGUCCCGAGUGGCUAUUCAUCAACAGCGGCACGCUAUUUGCAGGCGGCAUCCCAACGGGCGUCUAUGGCGCCAGCUCGCCCAAGGCCGUCUGGUACCAGCUCAAACACAGCGAAACGGCGAUUGUGUUUGUCGAGACCACCGAGCACCUGCGCGUGCUCAAGCGAAUCAUCCCACGUCUGCCCGACGUGCGCAUUGUCGUUCAGUACCGCGGCCAGAUUGAGGAAACGUGUGAGGGCGUCCCGGUGCUCUCGUGGGACCAAUUUCUCGGCCGCGGCAAGGAUGUGCGCGAGCUCGACGUGCGAAUCCGCUGCGGCAAUCUCGUGCCAGGCAAUUGCGCCGGCUACUUGUACACGGCAGGCACCACGGGCAACCCAAUGGCCGUCAUGCUCUCGCACGACAACCUUGUCUGGACGGCCCGGCAGCUCGCCCACAAGGUCAUGCGGGCCUCCGUCCAAGACCGCAUUGUGAGCUGUCUGCCAUUGUGCUUUGUCGCGUCGCAGCUCACCGACAUUUACGUGCCGCUCGUCUCUGGCGCUGCCGUCUACUUUGCCCCUCCCGAAGCGCUGCGAGCUGGUCUCCGCGAGGUCAUGCGAGAGGUCAUGCCCACCAUUGUGCUAGGCGUCCCACGCAUGUGGGAAAAGCUCCAGCAAAGCGUUAAAAUCUUCCACCAAUCGCAGGGAUGGUUUCGGAAAAAGCUGUGCUCGUGGGCGGCAAACUACAUGCUGCGCCGCCACCUGGCCGUGCAAAACCUCGGUCGCGCCAGCGCCACCACGGGCAGCGACGCCGCCCUUGCCAACAACUCGUUCUCGACGCUGCCGUCCAUGGGCUCCACCCCGCCGACCACCGGCUCGGGCCAGCACUCGAGCCACCCGAACGCCAUCCCGGCGUCCGCUGCAGGCGAGCCGCUCAAAGUCUCAAAGGGCCUGUUUGGCCGCCUUGUCGACUCGCUCUGGGUCAAAGAGUUCCGCGAACACGCUGGCUUGGCCAAAUGUCGCGUUGCUGCGUGCUGCGCGGCCCCGCUCAGCACGGAUGCGCUGCAGUUCAUGAUGAGCCUCGACAUUAUUGUGGACGAGGUCUUUGGUUUGACGGAGAGCACUGGUCCCGCCGCACACACGUUUGGCCUGCGGUCUGCCGCGGGAAGCAGCGGCCGGCCUCUGAUUGGCACCGAGUUCAAGCUCACCAACCGCGACAAGGCGCGAAACGGCGAAAUCCGAACGCGCGGCCGACAUGUAUUUAUGGGCUACCUGCGCGAUCCCGAGGAAACGGCCGAGGCUUUCGACGAAGACGGCUAUUUGAAGACGGGUGAUGUCGGCAAGCUCGAUACGCUGGGCAACCUGAUUGUGACUGGCCGGCUCAAGGAGCUGAUUGCCACGUCUGGCGGCGUGCUCGUGGCACCCAUUCCGAUCGAAGAGUCCAUCAAGAAGGCCAUUCCAGUCAUCUCAAACGCCUUGGUCAUUGGCGACGGCCGCAAGUACGUGACGGCCUUGCUCACCCUGAAAACAGACUGCGAUGCAAACGGCCUGCCCUACGAAACCCUGACGCGCGAAACGCAAGAGAUUCUGGCCGAGCAAGGCAUUCGUUGCCGCACCAGCUCGGAGGCAGUGAACGACCGCAAGGUGCAAGAGUUUAUCAACGUCUGCAUGCGGCGCACGAUCGAGCGCAGUGUCUCGCGUGCCCAAGCCGUCAAAAAGUGGACGAUUCUCGCACAAGAUUUCAGUGUGGCGGGCGGCGAACUGGGCCCCACACACAAGCUCAAGCGUCGCGUGAUCGAGUCCAAGUAUGUGCACGAAAUUGAGCGCAUGUACGCCAACGACCUUGAAGUUGAGAUUCGUCGGUAA